AUGAGCAACAAAGAAGAGGAAGUACAACGUGCCAAAUUAGCAGAACAAGCUGAAAGAUAUGACGAUAUGGCUAAUGCCAUGAAAAAAGUAACGGAAUCCAACAAUGAAUUGACAAAUGAAGAAAGAAAUCUAUUGAGCGUUGCUUAUAAAAACGUUGUUGGUGCACGCCGUUCGUCAUGGAGGGUUAUUUCGUCUAUUGAACAAAAAACAGAAGGUUCAGAACGAAAACAGCAAAUGGCAAAAGAAUAUCGAGAAAAAAUUGAAAAAGAAUUGAAAGAUAUUUGUCAAGAGGUUCUUACAUUAUUGGAUAAAUUUUUAAUUCCAAAAGCUACAACAGCUGAAUCGAAAGUUUUCUACUUGAAAAUGAAAGGAGAUUAUUAUCGUUAUUUAGCCGAAGUUGCAAUUCUCGAUGACAGAAAUAAAGUAAUUGAAGAAUCACAACGAGCAUACAAUGAUGCUUUCGAUAUUGCUAAAAAUCAAAUGCAACCAACGCAUCCAAUUCGACUUGGUCUUGCAUUGAAUUUCUCCGUAUUUUAUUAUGAAAUAUUAAAUGCACCGGAUCGUGCUUGCCAUUUGGCAAAACAAGCUUUUGAUGAUGCCAUUGCUGAACUCGACACAUUGAAUGAAGAUUCAUACAAGGAUAGCACACUUAUUAUGCAAUUACUUCGAGAUAAUCUUACAUUAUGGACCAGUGAUGCUCCAGAUGCUGAUGACCAAAAUCAACCGGAAGAACAUAAUUAA